ACCUCCUAUUCUAGUCAUGCAUGUUGUAUAUAAUAAUAUAUUACAACAUUCUCUCCCCUAUCUCCCCUCGCCCGCCUCUCCGCCUCAGAACAUGUCUGCCAAGCACCUGCUGCCGUACAUCUCCACGCCUCUCUUCCUGAUCAACAGCAACUAUGACAUAGUGGCGCUGCGGCUCAUUGUGGGGCCAGAGGCGGUUAGUGCGAGCAGCGGGAAGCCCAAAGACUGCCUGGAACAAGUGGACACCUGCAGUGAAGAGGAGAAGAAAUGGAUGGAGGGUGCCGCCUCUAAGCACGUCCCUUUCGGGCGACCCCUCCCUGCCUUGCUGCUCCCCCCUCAACCCUCAAUCCCAUCCAGCUUUCAGAAAGGGGGUCACCUCAGCUGUGGCUCCUCUUCUCCACGCUGACCCUCCCUCAGCCUCCUCUCUCUCAGCAUCACCAUUGGCACCACUCUCCACUCCUCCUAAUGGAGUCUUUCUCUUCUCAUGCUUCCAGCACGGCUCCAUCCACCUGGACAUGCCGUGGAAGCUGCGCACAGC